UAAUCUGAAGGAAAUGGCAAGAAAGAGUGUCGCUGCAGGUGGAUCUUCUUUCAAGAAUUUUCGAGUCUUUAUUGAAGAAUUAGGAAGUUCCUGGAAACCUCAUGUGAUGGUUAUACCAUACCCAGUACAAGGUCAUGUUAUGCCUCUCAUGAAGCUGGCAUACAAACUGGCUGACCAUGGGAUCAAGGUCACAUUUGUCAACUCCGACUCCAUGCAUGGAAAAAUCAUGGCUGCAGUGCCAGAGAAACUGAAGGAGAAAAUCCCAAUAAUCUUAGUUUCUAUUUCUGAUGGAUCGGAGUCCAAUCGUGAACCAAAAAAUCAAUUGGAAAUACUAAAGAGUAUAUCAAGUUUUAUGCCAGUCAAUUUGCAGAAGUUGAUUGAAGACAUUAACGGGUUGAACAAUGAUGAGCAAAUAUCUUGCAUCAUUGCGGAUGUAUCAGCUGGGUGGGCUUUGGAAGUAGCAAAGAAAAUGGGCAUUAAGUGUGCUGCAGUUUCACCUUAUGGACUAGGAAACUUGGUCUCACAACUACAGGCUCCAAAGCUUAUUGAAGCUGGAGUCAUAGAUGCUGAUGGAAUUCUAACAAAAGAUGAGCUUACCUGUCUGUCAAAGGCAGUUCCUGGCUGGAAUAUGAAAGAGCUCUCAUGGAGCUUCCCAGGUGUACCAGAGGUGCAGAAACUCAUAUUUGCACAUUUUAUUCGUAACCUUGUAGAACACAUCAAAAUUUCCGAUUGGCUUCUGGCCAAUUCAUUUUAUGAACUCGAGCCAUUAGCCUGCGAUUUUAUUCCUGACGCCUUACCUAUCGGCCCAUUGUUUGCAAGCAAUCAUUUGGGACCUUUUCCGGGAAAUUUUUGGCCUGAGGGUUCAAUUUGCUUGAGCUGGCUCGAUGAGCAACCUGCAGGCUCAGUCAUCUAUGCUGCAUUUGGCAGCUCGGCAGUCUGCAACCAGCAACAAUUUAAUGAAUUGGCACAUGGCCUUGAGAUCCUAGGCAAGCCAUUUUUAUGGGUUGUAAGAUCAAAUUUUACCAGCGGAUUGCUUGCAGAAUUCCCUGAUGGAUACCUAGAGAGAGUAGCCAACUAUGGGAAGAUACUGGAAUGGGCUCCUCAAGAGAAGGUGUUGGCUCACCCUUCUGUAGCAUGUUUCUUGUCUCAUUGUGGAUGGAACUCAACAAUGGAGGGAGUAUGCAUGGGAGUACCUUUUCUAUGUUGGCCUUUCUAUGUAGAUCAAUUCAGCAACAGCACUUACAUAUGUGAAACUUGGAAGGUUGGUCUAAAGCUAAUCCCAGAUGAAAACGGGAUUGUAACUAGGCAUGAAAUCAAAGGAAAGGUAGAGAAACUGCUCUCCGACACAGAUAUCAAGGCCAACUCACUGAAACUCAAGGAGAUGGCUGGAAACAGCAUCAGUGAAGGUGGAUCUUCUUCCAAGAAUUUCUUAAGCUUUAUUGAACAGAUAAAGCAGUAGCAUGUUUCUACAUGUAUAUAUAAUUAUGACUUCAAUGCUCCACUUAGCAAGAGAAACAAAAAUUUAAUUGAAGCAUAAUUGAAAUUGUAAUGCAUUAUAAGAUCAUAAACUUUAACAAUUUAUAGCAUUAAUUUUCUUUUC